UAGUUUUGGAUAAUCAUAUCAUACAACCGUACCGAUCAUCCAUCCUUACCAUUCAGCAAUGGCAGUUCUGAGCGUCUGCUUCUUCUCCAAAGCCCCUCCGAUUACUAAACCCAUUUUUCUCCCUCCUCCAUUUCAACCUAUUCCCCCUUCUUCACACCUCAAGAAUUGCUUUUCGUUGAGUGGAUCGAUCUCUAAAGCAGGUUUUCUGUGUAUUCUAUCUGCUUCACUUGUAUUUGCUUCCGAUCCCGCCCUUGCAUUUAAGGGUGGAGGACCCUAUGGCUCUGAAGUUACGAGGGGACAGGAUUUGACUGGGAAAGAUUUCAGUGGCCAGACUUUGAUCAAGCAGGAUUUCAAGACUUCAAUACUAAGGCAAGCUAACUUCAAAGGCGCCAAGCUACUCGGAGCUAGCUUCUUUGAUGCUGAUUUAACAGGAGCCGAUCUUUCUGAUGCAGAUCUUAGAGGUGCUGAUUUCUCUCUUGCAAAUGUGACAAAGGUAAAUUUAACCAAUGCUAACCUCGAAGGAGCACUUGCAACGGGCAAUACAUCUUUCAAGGGUUCUACCAUCACCGGUGCAGACUUCACUGAUGUUCCGUUGAGAGAUGACCAGCGAGAAUACCUCUGUAAAUUUGCUGACGGGGUGAAUCCGGUAACCGGCAACGAAACAAAAGAGACGUUGCUUUGCAAAUAGGAAUAUUUGUUCGAAGGUAAGUUCUUGCCGUAAGGGAAUUGGACAAAAUUUGUAUGGUUUGAGAAACUGCUUUUACUGUACAAUGAAGCUUGCUAGCUCGACUUGACUUGUUUCCUGAUUUCUUUUACCGCUGUUUAUGUUCGACCCUUUGGAGUGGCUGCUUAGUUUGGCUUUUUUAAGUUUAUACAAUGUAAAGUAGAUCUCGUUGCAAUGAUCAUCCUUUUUGUCUGAA